UAUUGAUUCCGUAAAGCUUUCGAUUAGUUCAGCGUUCUCCAUGAAUUAACUUAUUAAAUAUUUAAUAAUAAAACAGUUGCAUUUUGUACGGACGUUCGCAUUGAUAAGGAAGUUAUUUUGAAAAAAGUUGGUGUCCAAUAAAUAUGCCGCUAACUGCUGAACAAGCGAUGCUUCAAGUACAGGAACGACUCCGUUCGCUUAAAUCGGUUAUUGUUGAAAUAGAGAAUGAGCGGAAGAGAAACGAACCCAACUUCGUAAAUGCGGGAAAUAAAGAAACAAUCCGAAGAGGUGCGCUUAUGAAAAUGCUACAGAUUUCGGCUCAAACGCUACCACUCUUUGUCAGUAAACCUGGAGAAAAAAUUUCACCGCUUUGUGGUAGCGUUCCGGCUGAUAGUACUUACGUUGCAAAACCGGGUGACAUGGUUGCCGCUCAUGUUAAAGGUCUCGAAGAUGAAGAAAAUUGGAUACUUGCCGAAGUAGUACAAUACAUCUCGUCUGCCAACAAGUACGAAGUGGACGAUAUUGAUGAAGAGCAAAAGGAUCGACACAUUUUGAGUAAGCGCCGUAUUGUUCCGCUUCCUCUUAUGAGAGCUAAUCCGGAAACAGAUGGACAGGCAGUUUUCCCUAAAGGGACAACCGUAUUGGCACUAUAUCCACAAACUACCUGCUUUUAUAAAGCAGUUAUUAAUCAACUUCCGCAGACAGCCAAUGAAGAAUAUGAAGUACUUUUUGAGGAUCCUACGUACGCGGACGAUUACUCGCCACCAUUAUAUGUUGCUCAGCGGUAUGUCCUUGCCAUCAAACCGAACAAAAAAGUAGGAGCCAGUUCCUGACAGUCCUCCGCUCAACCGACCACGACUAUUUCAAGUAUCACUGCUGCCCUUCCGUCGGCAAUGGGAAAGUCAACUUCUUCUGGGUGUACAUCAUCAGCAGUUAUAUCCAACGCCAGCGCUUGCAGUGGAAAUCUUGCUAACCGGUGGAUUAACGCAGCCGAAAGAGGAGCAUAUGUUGGAGCCAUUCAUGAUGGAUGAUCAGUUUUGAUUAGUUUGCGCUCGAAAACUCAAUUCAAGUU